UCGGUUAAUCACCCAAAAAAGAAUUAUCCGUUAUCCAAUUGGAGCUAUGGAAACUCUUCAAUUCAAAACCCUAAUCAACGUUUCCAAUCGUCAACGAACACAGUUUUUCUAUAGAGCUGCUGAAACCAAGAAGCAUGUGGUCAAAAAGUCAACCGGAAAAAUAACGAAAACCAAAAUGAUUCCAAGAAGGCUGCUUUUGCACUCAUUUGGAUUCAUACCGGUUUUAUUGAACGUUCCUCUUAUCGCUGAAGCCUUGGAGAUGAAUGAACCUGAGGUUAUUCGGACCCAGAAGCUUGAUAGUGGAGUGCGAAUACAAGAUAUAAUUGACGGUGAAGGUAAAGAAGCUCGUGAAGGAGAUCUGGUUGAAGUCAACUAUGUCUGCCGGCGGUCAAACGGGUAUUUUGUACACAGUACUGUGGAUCAAUUUAGUGGAGAAAGUUCCCCCGUUAUACUUCCUCUAAAUGAGAAAGAGAUUAUAAAGGGUUUGAAAGAAGUCAUAAUUGGAAUGAAGGCUGGAGGUAAGAGAAGGGCACUAAUUCCUCCUUCUGUAGGAUAUGUCAAGGAGAAUUUGGGACCGAUUCCCGAUGAGUUUGGUCCUCGACGCAGCCUUUUGUCUCAUGUCAAGGAGCCCUUGAUAUUUGAGGUGCAACUUCUCAAGGUUUUAUAAAAGUUAGUAUAUAUUUUAUGCAACUAUAAUGUGGUCAAACAUGUUGACUUUCGACACGAUACAUUGUUUCCAACUAAUGGUAUUUACUCAGCAACUCAGUUUAUCAUGAUUAUAUCUAUUGAGUUACCGACAUGUUGA